CUAGCCUGUAAUAUCAUUUCAUUGUCUUCUCCGAACAUUCUAACAUUUUCUUGGGGAAACAUUUCUAAUCUUUUUUGACUUGUCUCUCCCUUUUGUUGAAGAGGACGACGGCUCUUCCUCCGAUGGCGCCGCGUCUUUUAUCCUGUUUCGGCGUCAAAGGAUCCUCAACUUCCACCACCGCAAAAGGCAUCUCAGGACACAACGCUGCCGUCGCAGCUGCGGAUGUUCCCGCCGGUGACGGACCUGUUCUCGUUCAGCUCUUCUCAUCUCAAGGAUGUAAGACUUCUCCUGAGGCAGAGAUGCUCGUGUCCCGCCUUGGCCGUGGAGAUUUUAACGGUCAGAUUCGUCGUGAAGGUGGAUCUGGUUCUCCGGCGAUGGUACUUGUUUUCCACGUUGAUUAUUGGGAUUACUUGGGGUGGAAGGAUCCGUAUGGAUCGAGCCAAUGGACGGUGAGGCAGAAGGCUUACAUCGAGGCGUUGAAUCAAGAUACGAUGUUCACUCCUCAGUUUGUGGUUCAAGGCCGCGUCCAGUUCCUAGGCAAUGAGGAGGAGACUCUGCUUAAGUCUAUCGUCGAAGCGCCUAGGUUUCCUUCUCCGGCGUUUCAGGCAACAUUCCAAAGACCAACCUCAGAAACACUUCAAGUAUCUCUAACAGGAGCUUUGAGGAUGAAAGUAGACUCGAACGGGAUCGAUAUAAUGGUGGCGUUAUACGAGAACGGACUAGUGACUGAUUGCCCUCGAGGAGAGAAUUCGGGAAGAGUCUUGUCCAAUGACUACGUUGUAAGAAAGCUAGAAAAGUUAUGCACCGUUAAAGAUUUAACGGCCAAGAAAACGGUCUCCGGGACGGCUCAUUUCACGGUGUGGGAUGGAUUCAAUAGUGCUAAAUGUGGAGUCGCUGUUUUUCUUCAGAACCCAUCUCUUCAAAUUUUUGGUACGCAGAGUUUUCAAUUGCCUGAUGAGAUCUGACAAUAUGCAUACAAAAGUUCUGAUCAAUCUAUUUAUAAAAAAAAAGACAUUUGCCCUUUUGUAAGGAAAUAUUUGGUUUAUUAAAUCAAAUGACUUUUUAAAACGGUGACAAGUGACGAACAUUUAGUAUUUCCGAUAUGUCUUAGUUCGAUGCUCUCAACGAAGAAUAUUUGUUUCAAUGUAAAAUUAUCAACUCGAAAGAUCAGAUUAGUCAUUUGACCAUGC